ACGUCACAAUAAAAGUAAACAAACAACCUUGCGAAGGCCAAUUUCAUUGUACGUGUGGCGGGCCUAAUUUGGUUAAAAUGAACGAUAAUCGACCGGUUUCCGUUUGGGUUAGCUUAUUAAGCUCGAAUGCGGCCGUCUAAUGUGCUUUGUGAAUGGAGAAAAGAUUAGUUCCUAUUGACUCGUGGCAGCUAUUUGGAUGGAUCAUCUUCGCCGGCAGUAUUCGUCAGUAAAGUGUAGCGUUAUAUAGUGUAAAUUGUUGGCAUCAUUGUACUCGCAAACGUGUCGCCCGACUGCCGAUCCGCAAUCAUGAAUCAAGAAAUUCGUUUGCGACUCAAGCAUGUGAUUAUCUUUGCGUCCAUCAUCGCGUUCCUGUUCUUCUACUCGCUCAGCUCAAACCGUGAUUGUGACAGUGAACAGUCAAGGUCAAACUAUGGUGAUGAACCGUGGCCCGUCGGUCAAGGACGCGAUGCCUUUCUACCCAAUCGAAAGGGUCCCACGAUCUAUGCAGUGACACCGACCUACUCUAGACCAGUGCAGAAGGCCGAACUGACACGCCUCUCGCAUAUCAUUCGUUUGGUACCAAACGUGUUUUGGGUUAUAGUGGAGGAUGCAGCUCAAACAUCUACACUGGUCAGCAAUCUGUUGAAGCGAAGCGGUCUCCAGGACCGUAGUGUACAGUUGUUUGCCAAAACUCCAACGAAUUUUAAGCUCCAAGGGAAGGAUCCGAACUGGCUUAAGCCUCGUGGCGUCGAGCAGCGCAAUGAAGCACUCAAAUGGAUACGGAACCAUUUGAAGCACGAUGCCAUGGGCAACGGCGGUGCUGAGUUAAGCCAAUCGCUAGUAUACUUCAUGGAUGACGAUAAUACGUACAGCACGGAAUUAUUUGAUGAAAUCUCAAAAAUAGAAAAGGGCAAGGUUGGCGUUUGGCCAGUCGGUUUGGUAGGUGGACUGAUGGUAGAGAAGCCAGUACUGAACAGGGAUGGACUGGUACUCGGAUUCAACAGUGCCUGGAAACCGGAACGACCGUUCCCGCUCGAUAUGGCAGGCUUUGCGAUCAGUUCCGACCUGUUGCUGGACAAUCCGCAGGCACAGUUUAGCUACGAGGUUGAACGAGGCUAUCAGGAGAGCGAAAUAUUACGCCACCUAACGAUCGCACACGAUAUGCAACCACUGGCCAAUCAGUGUAAGGAUGUGCUGGUGUGGCACACACGAACCGAAGCGCCGAAAUUGGAUGCAGAAAAAUCUCUGCAAAAGAGUGGCAAAAAAUCGAACGACGGAAUGGAGGUGUAAGGGCUGGUAGACGGUACACAUUUUAUGGGCCAACAGUAAACUAAUGGUGAUGGUAGCUAAGGGUAAAGUAAGUUUAGCAAUUAAUAUAUAGAGGCAGAAGAAAGUCAAAUUCAUGGACCACAACAUCAUUUCUAGGUUGUAGCGCAGCUAAAUGUUAAAUUAUCUUUUAAUUUAAUUUAUAUCAUACAUUGCAUUGAGAUUUUAAUAAUUACGAGGUACUGUUUGGCCAAAGGCGGAUAUUGAUGAACAUUUGGUAGCUCGUAGAGUACGACAAAAAACCUGUAAGCCUGCGGUUUAGCUAGGUGCAACAUGGAGCCACUCAUUUUGAAUAGAAAAUAAUAAAAAAUCAUAUUUUUUUACAAACUGUA